UCAUGCAGCUGUUCGAUACGGACGAGGAUGAGAGAAUCACCCGGGAGGAGUUCACUGCUCUGCUGCGCUCAGCUCUGGGUGUGUCCAACAUAAACAUGGCCAAACUCUUCAAGGAGAUUGAUGCUGACGGCUCCGGUUUCAUCACCUUCAAUGAAUUUCAAAGCUUUGCAAUGAGCCACCCGGAGUACGCCAAGCUCUUCACCACCUACCUUGAGCUUCAGAGAUAUCAAGCAAUCCAGGAGGCGAAUCCAGGCGAACUGGAGUUGUCCGGUCAGCUUUCAGAUGUACAGGAAGAGAGCACCUCUGACAAAAAAGAUGACUGAGACUGAGGGAGACUCUCCUUGACUGCACUGAGAGACAAAACACUGUAUCCACUGCACAGAGAAAAUAAACAAGCAACAUCUGCCCUCUGACUUUUAGCACACUCAUGUCAUUCGCCACAGCAGAGCCAUAUUAUAUGAUAGGUCAUGUGCUUGCCUUUUUAUAGAUGGUUUAGAGUGCUUCUAUUUUCAAUUUGAGUGCCUUAUAGAGAUUUCAAAGAAUCGCUUCCCCAAGUCACUGCACAAAAAUGUCGUAUUGCAGACUUAUCAUCCUUAAAGUGUUAUGUGUGCGUGUGGUUAUCUGUAUAUCAGGAAAAAACUAAUGAAAAUCUAGUUCUAGAAUAAUUUUAAAAAAAAGUCCAUGUUGGCACGGAUCAGUGUUCUAACUUUUUAAACCCUGCAAUCCUCCUAACGUUAUUGAAAGUGUGUUAUGAUAUAUUUAACUGUCUCACCCUGUUUUUGACUUAGAUACACUUUUCUUUGUCGGCGUACCGUUACUUGGAAAUAGAUGAAUAUAGCGUUGUGUACCUUCUCCUUUGUCUUUGUGACCCACUGUAUGAGUACAAAAAUAUUACCAAACCAACACCUUUUUUAAUAAUAAGCAAAGAGUCCUUGUUCCUCUGUGUUGCAGUAUAAUUAGUGUACAGUAAGCUUUAUUAAGAUCUUUGCAAUCUGGCAACCCGCAGAUGUUCCGUAUUAAAACUAUGUCUAGGAAGAGCAUACAUGCUGUGCAUUACACUUUUUUCCAGUGCUCAGGGACACAGACCUUGUUUAAUUAGCCAGAGGUUUGCUUUGCAUGUGUAUCUAUUUGCAUUUCUACUGAAGACUGUAUUUGCUGAGACAGCAGCACGUCUACGCAGCUUUAAGUGAACUAAAGCCAACCAACCACUGAAAAUAGGGCAAUUUGUGAGCAAAAAGGAAACAGUGCUUCUCCACAACAGCAUAUCCCAGCGGGGUGUGCUUUCAGAUCAACUAGCGGCACUGUUAUUUAUUUAGCAAGGUGCGUUGCAAUUAUGUGAUUUCUUUUUUGUUAACACAGCAAAGUUUGCUUUUUAAAUAAAACAAGAAUGCAAUUUUAAUAUUGGCUCGGUUUUUAUGUUUACAACACAGGGAACUUGUAAUGACUUCUGUAGGCUUUGCUUAUAAUGAGGCUGUUUACAAUUAAGGGGCUACAUCUGUACCUUUAGUUCUCUAAACCACCACCAGGUGCCAGUAGUGACCUGCAACAAUUAAUAUGUUGUUGUUCUGCUUGUGAGCGCCUCUUUGAGUUUUAACCCUUUGUCAUUUUGGCCUGUUCUUUAAAUUAAUGGCAGAGCUAAACAAUAAAGGAAGUUGGGUUUGUAAUACACCAUGUAUUAGUAAGGGUUAAAGAUUGUGCAAGUGUGCGUUGAAAUGUUACAUUAAUCAUGAAAAACAAUCAACUUACAGAAAAAAAAAAUUCAUCUUGAACGUAUGUAUUUCAAGAAAUAUAUUUAAAAAUGGGGUUUAAUUCAAAUAAACCUCAGCAAUAUCUUUACAAAAGGCAUUUGCUCUGACUGUUGUGCUAUAUGUUCUACUGUACCACCAUUGCAUUUGUUCAUUUGACCUUUCUGUUUUCAUUACAGCUGAGGAAAUAGACUGAUUCUUGAAAUGGUGCAGUAUGUGUGUGAAAACAUUUUAUCUUUAAAGAAACAUCUAAUGGCUAUAAUGAAUGAUAUUUGAAAAACAAUGUACUGUGAUGUGUUGGUUAAGAUUAUGCAAGUUUAACUUUGUUUUCAUAUACUAAAAGGCAUGUCAUCACAAAUCACAAUUGUAAAUCACAUGUAAAUAAGUGUACAAAGAAUAAACAUUUUCAUCUGA